AAAUUAUUUUCAAGAAAUUCAAAUGAAAUGACUGUAAAAACAAAAAAUUUUCAUGAACACAUAAUUUGAUACUUUGAGACUUAAGCGCAGGAAGUUGAUAUUAAUAUAGAAAUGACGUGUAUAUUUUUGAAUUACAUUUUAUAUCGGAUUGAAUGAAGAAAUUCAUUUCUAUCAAAUAUAUUUUUCUAGUAAAAAUAAAUUUCUUUAUACAAUCCAAUUCUAUCCAAGCCUAAAAAAUAUAUAUCAUUUCCAUAAAAUUUUUAUAUUAAAAUGAAUUUUCUAACCUAAUCCAAUGUCUUAGUUGGUAUUCAUUUGAAUAUAAAAAUAGACAAAUGAAGAUCAAGACGAGAUUUAAUUACUGAUGACAAUUAAUUCUUCUGGUUUAUGGUUUUAUUCGGAUGUCAUUAUGUAUUAUUUGAAGAUAAACUUGACAGGUUAAAUAAAUCCUUCAAAGAAACAAAUUUUGUCAGUUAUGUAAGAUAAAAGUCUUUUGAUGUCAGUUCCGAAACUAGAAAAGUAACCAUGGCUAUCAUUCGUUUCAAAAUAUUAAUGUGCUGUACUGUUUUUUGAAUAACUUUUGAUAAGAAUAUCAUAGAGACGAAAGAAAACUCGGAGCCGUCAUCGAACUAUAUCACAAUUUGAUUCAUCAACAUUAACCAAUCAAAUUUCAAUAGAAUUCGCUGAUGCCGAAUCUUCUCUGCUUAGAAUGGUAAAAAUCGCGGGUCUCUAUGAUGUUCCAAUCAAAAAACAGUACAGCUUAUUAUAUUUUAAAAUGAAUUGUCAGUCAUACAGAUCUUUUUUUAAAAUUAUAAAUAUGAUUUUUUGUUUUUUUUUUUGAAGAAGAAAAUUUUUAAUUUUAAUUUACAAUUUUCUCUUAAGUUGAAAGGUGUUUAUUUUGAUCGUGAAAUUUUAUUGGAACAAUUAACAUUGGAUGUGAAAAUUUCUAUAAAUAUAAAUGAUUUAAUUCCAAUAACUGUUUAUAGUCGUAUUGAUGCAGUUCAAACAAAUAAUAAUUCAAAUGAUCAUCUUCGUUUUUUAUUUUAUCAAUUAUUUAUAAAACAAUAUUGUUUAAAUUCAUCAUCAAUAUUAAAUAAAAAUGAUUUUAUUGAUAUAAUUCAAAAUUAUUAUGAUUUAAAUCGAAAAGAAUUAAAAUUAAUACAAGAAUUUAAUAAUGAAUAUAAUUCAAAUAAAAAUAUUUUUACAUGGUUUAUACGUGAUUGUUUUAUUCGACGAAUGUUAACACAAUCUUUAUUAAAAUUAGAUAUUCAAAUAUUAUUUUCAUUAAGAUUUUUUAUUAAAGAUAUGUUUAAAUUAAUGAUUGAAAAUGUUUCAAUAUCAAAUCAAAAACAAAAUUUUUAUUCAAAUAAUUCAGGAAGAUAUACUAAUGGACGAUCAACACAAGAACAAAUAUUUUAUCGUGGACAAGCUUUAUCAAAAGAAACUUUAUUUAAAAUAAAAUCAAAUCUUGGUGAAAUAUUAUCAAUAAAUAAUUUUAUAUUAGCAAGUAAAAAUCGUCAAGAUUCAUUAGGAUUUAUUCGUAAAAAUAUUCCACCAAAUGAUUUAGUCUAUAGAGUUUUAUUUGAAAUGAAAAUUCCAUUAGAAUAUUCAUUACAAAAACAACGUCCUUUUAUUGAUAUUAAUUAUUUAAAUGAUAAUAAUAAAUUAUCAAAUGAAGAUGUUGAUGAUAAUAAUUUAUAUUCAAUAUUAUUUUUUAUUGGUUCUAUUUUUCGAAUUAAUACAGUUGUUUUUGAUAUUAAUAAUGAUUGUUGGAUUAUUCAAUUAACAUUAUAUGAUGAAAAAAUGAAUCAAGAUUUUUCUCAAGUAUUUACAUUUCUUAAUGAUAUAAAACGAACAAAUACAGAAAAUGCAAUAGCAUUAGCAAAUCUUCUACGUCAAAUAUCACCAAAUUCAGCUGAACAAUUUUAUAAACAUUUAUUAAAAAAAAAUUCUGAAUCUAUAUCAAAAUUAGAAUGUUAUCGUGGUCUUGGUCUUUGUUCAUAUUCAAAAGAUAAUAGUGAACAAGCAUUAGAUUAUUUUGAAAAAGCAUUAAAUUUAAAACCAAAUGAUAAAUUAAUUAAAUCAUCAUUACAUAAUAGUAUAGGUCUUGUUUAUGCACAACAAGAUCAAAUUGAUGAAGCAUUACUACAUUUUAAUAAAGCAUUAGAAAAUACAUCAUUACCAUUACAUAUUGCUUGUGUUCAUCAUAAUUUAGCAUUAAUUUAUAGUAAACAAGAAAAAUAUGAAAAAGAACUGGAACAUUAUCAAGAAGCUCUAAAAUAUCGUACAGGUCAAUUACCAUCUUAUCAUUUACAAUUAGCAUCCUUACAUAAUAAUAUUGGUAUUGCAUAUUCAGAUAUGCAUGAAUAUGAUAGAGCAUUAACUAAUUUACGAAAAGCACUUGAUAUGCGUUUAAAAUUAUUAUCUGAUACACAUAUUGAUGUUGCAAGAAGUUAUGCAAAUAUUGGUACUGUUUAUGCUAAAACACAAGAAUUUCGAAUGGCUUUAGAAUAUUUUAAUAAAGCAUCACUUUUAUUUGAAAAACAACAACAAAUACCUCAACAAGAUAUUGAACAACUUGAUAGAAAUAUAAAAAUUGUUAAUGAUAAACUUAGACGAAAAACGUAUUAA